ACGAAAAUAUAGUACAUUAAUACACUUAUUCAUACAUAUAUAACAAGCCACUAAAACAGACAUUUAGCUCCUGUACUUCAUAAGACUAGCCACUCUCACUCUCAUUUUAUUAGUCAAGAAAACUCUGUUUCCUCUCUCAUCUCCUUUACCAACCUCUUAUUCUUGAAAAAAGCAAAGGGACUAUUGUGUGUAAUCUCUUCAUUAUUGCUUCAAGAUCUUGUAACAAAAUCAUGGCUGCUUUUAUGUUGUCUUUGGUAUUUUUCUUGGCUAUCACUGGUCACUCAAGUGCUUCAUACUGUGUUUGCAAAGAUGGGGUAGAUGAAAAGAUUCUGCAGGAGAACAUAGAUUAUGCGUGUGGAUCUGGAGCAGAUUGUACUGCUAUACAUCAAGGUGGUGCUUGUUACAACCCUGAUACUAUCAAAGAUCACUGCAGCUAUGCUGUAAAUAGCUAUUAUCAGAGAAAGGGUGGGUCUGGUGCUAGUUGUGACUUUAAGGGUACUGCUACUUUGAGUUCAAAUGCACCAUCUUCCACUUCUGGAUGUGUAUAUCAGUCCACUGCUGGCGGUGGAACCACAACUCCAACAACAGGAACCACAAAUCCAUCAACAGGUGGCACCAGCACCGGCACCGGGACUGGCACAGGAAUGAACACUGGAACAGGCACAACCACAACAGGGACAAAUCCAGUUUUUGGACUUGGACCAACAGGAAGUGGCAUGACCGACACCUCCGCGGGGACUGCUAUUCAUCAAAGCAGCAUUAUCUUUUUCACAAUGGCCCUUUUGUUUACAAGCUUUGUAUACUUAAGGGUUUAAAGAUGGCAGUGAAUUAUUUAAAAAAGGUUGGAAGGAAAACAAGGGACAGUUGAGCAUAUGCCACGGCAAUAUAAUUUGCAUGACUGAUUCUAAUUGAAUAGAAUUAGUUAGGGGGGAAAUCAUGUGGACACUUCCUCUUUUCUUUUCUUUUUUUUUUUGUUGUGAUUUUCUUGUUUUCCACCUUGUUGUUGCAUCAAAAAGUUGGAACUGGAUUCCCUUCCAAGGGGAAUGCAAUGUUGUUUAUUAGUAUUAACUGUAAUAGUGUAGAAGGGCCUAAUCUCUUCUUUUUAGAUUUUUCCCAAUUUGUAUAUCUGGAGAGUAGAGAUAGGCUGUACUAUUUUUUAUUCAAAUAUUGUUACUGAUGAUUUCUGGA